AUGCUUGUGGGGGUUACUUUGGGAGCAAAAGUACUGCGAUGUGGCUUUUCUUGGCUGACACUUUUCAAGGAUACUCAUGUCUAUUGCCUAGCAUGUGACCGGUACCAAAGAACGGUUGAGAUUGAACAUAGAGCUUAUUGGGCAUUGAAGACCCUUAACUUUGAUCUUGAAGAAGCUGGAAAAUUGAGGAAGCUUCAAGUUAAUGAGCUUGAUGAAUUGAGAAACGAAGCUUAUGAGAGUGCUAAGAUCUAUAAGGAGUGUACUAAGAUGUUUCAUGACAAGCAAAUCAUAAGGAAAACGUUUGAGUAG